UAUUCAGCAUGUGAGCAGGCGGAUCAGCACUGGAAUAAACUUCUCAGUGGCGUUUUAGCCACAGAGCAAGUCGGUCGGAAUGAGCAGAUAAAACACGAUCAGCGCGAAAGUUUCGGUCAAAGAUAAACAGCGAAAACAGGGGACACAAACAAAGGCACAAAAACAAAUGUUUGACUAAUCGUUAUUAGAUAAUUGUACCAUAAUAAUACCAUAAUGGACGCAGUGCAGCAGCAAACAAACAGCAGUGGCAACAUCGACAGUGCCAAAUGCCAGAAACUCAAGAGAUUCGUGAUCGUCGGCCUGCUGAUCACCAUUGGCAUCUUGAGUUGGCACUUCUACGAGUACUUCCACAGCAAGCCGCUGCCCAGAACGCCCGAUGACGUUCUGACCCUCUCCAAGAAUCUCUACGCGGAGGAGACCGAGGUCAGUCCGUACCUCUACAAGGUGAAUCUCCAGGGGAAGACCACGUCCGGUGCCCACGAUGAUAAAGCACCUAGGAAUCUCUUCGAACUGCAUCAGGAUCUUCUGGCCAGGGAUGCCAAUUCCACCACAGCCCUUCUAAUGCGGCUUUUCGACAACUACGAGUUGGAUGUUUCCGUUGCAGAGAAACCAACUCCCGAGCAUUUGCAGGAGCAACACGAUUUCCUCAGGACCGUGAUGAACACUCGGGUGAUGAAGCUCACCAUGAAAUAUCUUGUAAACAAGGAUGUCGUCAGCAUUGAGUACGAUGAUCAGCUGCGUUUACUACAAGAACUUUGGUUCACUCCCUAUUCCCGAGGACGUGGCAUCGUGGGAAGCUCCAGUUUCGAACAUGUUUUCAUGGCUGAGAUUCGCGACCAGAAGGUCCUGGGACUGCACAACUGGCUCUACUUUGCCGAUCAGGAGCAACGCGGCAAUGUGGACUACAAAGGCUGGUUAAGACAUCAGGAAAUGGGAAAGCCCAAUCAAAUGCAUCUUAGCCUACGGCACACCUUCCACAACAUGAACAAGCCGGUGAACUCAUUCUUUGUGGGCACCUCACCCGAACUGGAGAUGAGUCUGUACACCGCCUGCUUUCUGACCACGGCGGAGGAGGAGCCCUGCAACUUGCAACUGGGGCACGCCUCCGUCUCGAUUGUGUCACACGGAUGGAAGUGGAAUGGCAUGCGGCUGAUAGCCACCGCCUAUCCAGAUGCUUCCUAGAUCAUCGAUACUAUAGUAUACACCACCUCCCCAUCUAGCAAACUCAAUAAAAUUAGUUUAAUUCGUGUCGCAGUGCUACCUCAUCGAAAAAGGCAAAACACUAACCUCCAAACUGAAA